AGAGAGAGAGAGAGAGAGAGAGAGAGAGAGAGAGAGAGAGAGAGAGAGAGAGAGAGAGAAGAGGGGGAAAUUGAUGACCACCACUCUCUUAAUACUCCUCUUUAUCUUCUCUCCUCCCAAGCUCAAAACGGUGUAGUUUUGGAUUCUAUCUUUAUCGAAUUCUUCGUUUUUCGAUUCUUUUAACCAUCUGUUUUGGUUGCGGGUUGAGGGAUUUUGGAGAGAAUGGAGUUUGAGGAUCAAGAUGAGCAAGAUGAAGAGAUGGGGAUGGGAACUGGUUAUGAGUCGCUCGGUAACUCGACCCGAGUCAAACUGGGGGGUCCGGAGGCGGUGGGGACGGUGACAGGGACGGCUCAUCAGCAGAACAGGAAACCCAGGUACAGGGAGUGUCUGAAGAACCACGCGGUGGGUAUUGGUGGCCACGCCGUGGAUGGUUGCGGCGAGUUCAUGCCGGCGGGGGUGGAGGGUUCUCUCGAUGCUUUGAAAUGCGCUGCUUGUAACUGCCAUCGUAACUUCCACCGUAAGGAGACGGACCGCCAUCGUCUUCGGCGGGUGAGCUCUACCACCCCGCAUCCCCACCAGGUGAUGCCGCAGUUCGCAGCCUAUUACCGGGGACCAUCGGGGUUUUUGCAGGUGGCGGGGGGAGGGCAGCAUCAGAGGCCGCUGGCGCUGCCGUCGACGUCCGGUGGGCAGAGCAGGGAAAGGGAGUUUGACCAAGAGGACAUGUCGAACCCGAUGAGCCUUGGCGGAAGUGGGUCGAGCAGGAAGAGGUUCAGGACCAAGUUCACGCAAGAGCAGAAGGAGAGGAUGCUGGCGCUGGCGGAGAGGUUGGGUUGGAGGAUCCAGAAGCACGACGAGGAGGUGGUGCAGCAGUUCUGCAACGAGACUGGAGUGAAGCGACAUGUGCUCAAGGUGUGGAUGCAUAACAACAAGCACACCCUGGGUAAGAAACCCUAGGUAUCUUUCAUAGUUUAAUGUGUAUAACUUGCAUUUUAUGUGGCUGAAAUCGAUGAGAUCAGGUAGAGCUAUGUCCAGCUUUUGUAGGUAAUGUUGGGUUUCGAGUGGUGGGUCUGACUCUGAUAAGGGUUCUAAUGCUUAGUUUUAGGGUUUUUCUUCCUCUUCUUCUUCUUCAUCCUCUUCUUCUUCAGCUUCCCUUUUUUUUUUUUUUUUUAAUUACUUUCACUCUUUAAUUUCCUUCCGGGAUUACUACUGAAUGUGGGAAUUUAAGAAGUGGCAGCAGUGAUGGUUAUGUUUGGAUGGAUAUUAGUUAAUUAUGAGAACAGCUUACAGUAGAUUUUAAUGUUGAUGGCAAGUAACAUUUCUA